CAAGCUUCAAGUCUACAUUGUAUCUGCAAAUAUGUGCGGUCGUUGUGGACUAGGAUUUGUCCCAGUAGCUUUGGCUCUUUUUUCUUUGGCAACGUUCGCAGUAACGUAUAUCAUCUCACGUUUUCGCAAUGACACAUCAUGGUUCCCCGCCAUAAGCGACACGGCCGAUCAUUCUCCUGAAAGCAAUGUGUUUGGAUUUCUUUUCAACAUGUGCGCUGCUGUGGCUCUGUUGACAACGUUUAUUCGUUAUCUUCAACUUAGACACGAUGCCGACUGGAAUGAAAGAGACAGGCAGCUUCUCAUAAGACUUAACAAAGUGGCCAUGCUUUUUGGAGUUUUGUCGAGUCUUGGAGCGUGCAUAGUGGCUAAUUUUCAGGUACUUUGUGAGCAGCUCUUUCUCUCUAAGUUCAAGUUUGAUCAAGUUUAUUUUAUCCUUGCUUGGUUCAAUUUUUUAUGGGUCAGUCAAUUCGCAGCGUGCCGCGUGAUAAUCAAACAACUGACGAGCUUAAAAUGAGUGCCUUCUCCUUUAUACCAUCGAACCGUUUCGUCAGUGUAUUAAUAUAUAGUUACAUUGAUCAUACAAUACACAAAGUUUAUAAUAACUUUUAAAUACCUCGCAGAGUUUUCUACGCCAUUCUGCCUCGAACAUUCACGCACAAAGAUACAUUGAUUGUUUUCCUCCAAAUGCGAACUGAUCAUGGUGGCGGGACAGAUGCAAAAAAUACUGGGUGGGGAAGAGAUAGAGCGAAAACCACACAAAUCUGUGUAAAACAUAAGGUAUUAAAAAAAUUAUUUAUAGAAAUAUCUAAAGCUAUCAAAAUAUUCAUAUUUUUAAGUGGAAUAUUGAAAAAGGAACGACAUUCACCACUUCUAGAAGAAUUGACAAAUGCCCCACCCCCAGUCAGAGGUUUUCUGACAAAUGCCAACCACCGGGAAUGGCAAGAUGACCAAUGCACAACAAAUGCCCGGGGAGUGGAUGGGCGCACUUGGAAUUGACUGAACCAUUAUUCUCCUGUCCCCAGUCAUUCAAAAAUAAGGUGGAUAACCCAGUAUCCACCCAGCUGCAGUUGUUCAAAAGGUGGAUAACUUUAUUCACUGGAUAAAUCGCUAUGUAGUGAAUAACGCAAUUGUUUUCUGUAAUGUAUAUCUGCUUGAAAGUGAUUUAACCAUUUGUCCAUUGCAUAGCGCUAUCCAAUGUUUAAACAACUGGGACCUAAUAAAUGUAUCCACCAGGGCCGGGUUGUUCAAAGCUGGAUUAAGAUAAGCCAGGGUUAGUGCAAAAAUUUGACCUCAGAAAAAAUAAAUUCAGUUUAAUUUUUUUCAUCUACAAUUUGAUGAUUGGAUACGCUAAAGAGAACAACAAAAAUUAUCCAAGGAAAUGCUUUAGACAGGGCUUCUGAUAGGUCGCGGAAGAAAAAGUCAAAUUUCGCGGGAUUUUUAGGGACAAAUUCGCGGAAAAAUCACCCCUGUUUUGAACGAAAGAACAUCAAAUCUGGAUUAAAAUUUAACCCCGGGUUAGCAAUAAUCAGCCUUUUAACAACUAGGCCCAGGUCCCAAUUGUUCGAAAGGUGGAUAAUGCUACUGAUGCCUCAGAUAAAUUUCUAUCCGGUGGAUAUGGUGUGAUAAUGCCCUUAAAACUAUGGAAAACUGAACCAAGCUUUAAAAUAUCUACUGGUAAAUUUUCACAUAUAAAGGGUGUACAUAUUAGUUUAUUGUCAUUAAUUCAAAAUAUUUUGCCGUAACCUAAUUGGCUUUAAUCCACGGGCUAAUUCUUCAUAAGCUACUUUCACUGACCAUAAUUUGGAAGAUGUAGGCAAUACACCAAGUCUAACAAAGCUACUCUAAGCUAACCAUACUACAACCAGCCAAAAAGAAAAGUGUGAUUUUAUCAGGGGUUUUCAAAAUGACGUCACCAAAAUUCAAACUAAGAAACUAUCGAUUCCUAUGAGUUUCUACUUUCACAAGGUAUUACAGCACCUAAAAACCUUUAUUUACACAAUUUUUCGGUUCCAAAGGGUUCUUCGUUUUGCGAUAGAAGACACUUGAAUUUUCAGGCUUUUGCAUGACGCAGCAUUAAAUUUAGCGGACAGCGUGGAAAGCUCUUAUGUGGGUUAAAAACUUUACCUGAGUUUUUGAGAUUUUGGGAUCUAAACGUUCCUUGUCUAAGCAGGGUUGUCACUAAGAUUUCAAUUUGCCGGGUAAAUACAACAAGUAGGUGGGGAAUCAAAUGGCUAGGGAUUUCUUUUGGUUCUAUUUUUCUUCCAUUUUCCUAUCAAAGUAGCCGGGGGCCAUGUUCGGCCCCCGGCUCUUAAUGACAGCCCUGCUAAGAAUAAAUAUUACUUAAAACUUUAUGAGUUCCUCAAGCGAUGAAUUCACGCAUAAGUAGGAAAACUCAGAAACAGAUGUUUCUGUUGGUUUCCAGCAGCCAUAUUAAUUUGUGCCCACACACCAACAUGGUUUCUUCUUACAAAGCCUUAUAAAUUUGGGUAAAACGUUUUUUUGAAUAUCUCACAUAUGAAUUAUUGCACAGACCUGAUUCUUGCUGAGGCUUUUUGUAUAUUUAUGUUCUUUCAUUUCCCAGAUUCAGAGAAAACAGAGAAUACGCUGAUUGUUCACAUAUGUAAUGUGGAAAGAACCGCAGUUCUAUUCACUUGUUACAAUAUUCAAUUUCUACUCAUGAAAAACAUAUGAACUGUUUUGUAGUGGAUUUCAGCCAGGGAAAUACUAAAAAAAAUCAAGCAGGUUUGAGGGGGCUUUAUAGAGAGGGGGGCUUAUCUGAGAGAGGAGUGGCUUUAGAGGCUUUGUGCUAGGGAAUAUUGAAUACAACUUUAACUGAGAGUGAGGUCAUUACGGGGAAAUCUCAGACCAAGGCCUUGAUGUAUUGACCAAGCAAUAGCGAGGUCAAUACAUCAAGGCUUAGGUCUGAGAUUUCUCCGUAAUGACCAAAUGGAUGAGGUUAAGAAGUCAUUUAUUAUAAUUAUGGCCUUUUCAUUAUUGACCUGGGCUAACGAUUAAUUAAAACCAACAACUUGUCAGCGAAUAUAAUUAAUGACUUGUUCACUCGAGCCCAUGUUACAGACAGGUGACACUGGUCAGCAGAUACCCUUUUGACAGCUGUCAAUUGACCAGAACAAAGAUGUCCAUAAGGAUGUCCAGUAUCAAGUUAAACACAGAUUGUGUAUGCCUUGGACACCUAGCUAGUAAUGCCCAGUCAAUAUAAGAAAACAGCCCAUCAGAGCACGCGUACUGUUGUAGCCAUAUGGUAAAUUAGUUUGAGGUUAAGUAUUAUCAAUGAAAAUUAUUAUAUAAUUUUUUGUAAUAUCAGACAUCACUUUGUGAAGGAACUUAUUCAUUAACUUUAUGAUUUAUUGUCUUGAUAUUUUUGUCGAAAUGAUAUAAAUGCCUUCUUUUGUUUUAUUGUUUUUCUCUUCUUACAACAGGAAGAUGCAGUUGCUUAUGUGCACAUUAUUGGUGCCCUGAUGGUGUUUUUAUGUGGUAUUGUCUACAGCUGGGUUCAAUCCUUCAUCUCUUACAAGAUGAAGUCAUGUGGUCUGAUAACCAGCACUCUACUGGUAUUACGACUUCUCCUGACCAUUGGAGCAACUGUGUUCUUUAUUGCCUGUGCUGCAGCAACCUCCUAUGCAAGUAAAGACUGGGUGCGUUACCAUGCCAGUGGUAAUACAUAUCCACAGAGGUGGGAUCCUAACGAUAAAAACUACAUUCAUCAUGUUGUCGGUGAUGUGUCUGAGUGGCUGACGGCUUUGAUGCUACUGGGAUUCAUGGCCAGUUUUUUUGGAGAGUUCAGAUUUGUGAAGAUGAAGAUUGUAGUGUCAAGGCGCACUCAGCAGUCUGUACCGCUUGCAACUGGCAUGGGCUCAGAUGAUCCGCUGUACACGUCUCUGUAUGUUUAAGUGUUACAAAACCAUAGGAUUAAGAAGAUCAUGAAAAUACUGUUUUAUAAGAAAAUAUCAGUUGCAUGACUGUAGGUGUAAACUAGGAAAAUACACUGCAAUAGUCCAUAUAGUUUUCAGCUAUGUUAGGAUUCAACUUAGUUUAUAAAUUAACACAAAGAAAGUUUGAAUCUCAAGACUUGAAUAUGGGCAUAGUCCAGCAUAGUCCCUAGGUGUUUCACCGCCUUUGAAAGUGGAAUCUAAGAGAUCAACUAUGAACUAGGCUAGGCAAAGUCAUAAAACUUGAGCAACUUACUGGUGAAGUGAAUAGAAGAGAAUCGUACAUGAUUGGUGAACUUAAGUCACGUGAACCGACGGCGUGUCAUAAUGACGUUCUACUUCAGUUUCUUUGAAAAAACAAACAAACGCACAAACCCACUCUAACCAAAACAAGAGGACCUAAUAAUGAACACUUCUACUAAAAUGUCCACUAAAAUGUUCUCAAAUGGUCAUAGGACCGUGUGCACAGAUCUAAAAACAUU